UGUGUGUGAUCGGUGGGAUCUCGCUUCCUCACUGCGCGCGAACGAUGACUGCUUCGGUUACUAACCGGUGGCGUCAUGGUGACUCCUUGGCCUGCUAACUGCAAAGCCAGCGGUUCGAAAACCACCAGCCGCUCCGCAGGAGAGAGACGGCGCUUUCUACACCCGUGGGAAGUUCUAUCCGGUCCCGGAAGGUCGCUGGGAGUCGGAAUUGACGGCAGCGAGGACCCCAAAGGUCCUAAAUCUGGACAGAACCUGACCGACCAAGCUGGUUGCACACCCAGGACUGAGAGCCACAUGGAGCUGCGGGCCCCCUGCCAGGCUGCUGCGCCGGCAGCGAGGAGGAAGUUCUGUGUUCUCGUGGGUGCCACUGGGAGCGUGGCGGCCUUGAAGCUGCCCCAUCUAGUGUCUGCCCUGCUGGGCAUUCCUGGGCUGGAGGUAGCGGUAGUCACAACUGAGAGAGCCAAACACUUCUACAGCUUCCAGGACAUCCACGUCACCCUCUACAGCGACGCUGAUGAAUGGGAGAUGUGGAAGUGCCGCUCCGACCCAGUUCUCCACAUUGAGCUGCGGAGGUGGGCAGACCUCUUGCUGAUAGCACCGCUGGAUGCCAACACGCUGGGGAAGGUGGCCAGCGGCAUCUGUGACAAUUUGCUUACCUGUGUCAUCCGGGCCUGGGACUGCAGCAAGCCCCUGCUCUUCUGCCCGGCCAUGAACACUGCCAUGUGGGAGCACCCCGUGACUGCGCAGCAGGUGGCCCAGCUGAAGGCCUUCGGCUACAUCGAGAUCCCCUGUGUGGCCAAGAAGCUGGUGUGUGGAGACCACGGUCUGGGGGCCAUGGCCGAGGUGGGAAGCAUUGUGGACAAAGUGAGAGAAAUCGUCUCUCUACACAAUGACCGCCAGCAGUGUUGAAGCAGGCUCGCUGGCCCGGGCGUCUUCUGCACUCCGCGCCCGUUGGCACGCCUGAUGACGAUGCCUUUGUGUCUGUGGAGGGAUCUGAUCUGGCUGCCCCAGGGGCCUGAGCCCCAGCUUCUUCCACCCUAAUGAUGCCCACCAGGGCCCCCUUCACAUCCUGUGAGGAGUGCUGCUGCCCAGUGCUGGGGCAUGUCCCUGCAUCCCUGCAUGCCCGGGGGGGAGGGACCUCGCACCUUCAUCUCGUCCAGAAGCCUGGCAGGAGCUGAGUGGGGCUCCCCCGGCCGGCCCUUGGAGCCUCGGUUCUUGGUGCCACACUGACAGAGGCGCCUGGGAGUUGGCCGAGGCUGAGGUGUCCUCGGGCUAUGGCGGGAGUCCAGGGCUCAGGGAAAUAAAGCUGACCGGCCUUUCA